GUGUAGUUAGUGUAGGUGUAUAACAAGGAAAUUAAUAUUUUUAGGAAAAGAUUUUAUUGGGUCGGGAACUAGGCAAAGAAAGAGAUCGGCAUUCUAAAUCAGAACCCCUGCCAUAAAUCCCCAAUUUCCUCCGAUUCUUCUCCUUCUAUCGCAGCAAUGCCGAGCCUAAUCACUCGCAAUUUGAGCAAGCUAUGGACCGGAGUAGCGAAGACUCCAAUCAUGGCAAAUCAACGGAAUUCCUACAGUCUAAUACCCAUGGUCAUCGAGCACUCGUCGCGAGGAGAGAGAGCCUACGACAUCUUCUCUCGUCUACUCAAAGAGAGAAUCAUAUGUAUAAACGGGCCCAUAGCCGAUGAUACAGCACACGUCGUCGUUGCUCAGCUCCUCUUCCUUGAAUCCGAAAACCCUUCCAAACCCAUCAACAUGUACCUUAAUUCCCCUGGCGGAGCCGUCACUGCAGGUCUUGCAAUAUAUGAUACAAUGCAGUAUAUUCGUUCUCCAAUUAAUACCAUAUGUUUGGGUCAAGCUGCUUCAAUGGGUUCUCUCCUAUUGGCUGCUGGAGCAAAAGGGGAAAGAAGAUCUCUUCCUAAUGCCACUAUCAUGAUUCAUCAACCCUCUGGUGGAUACAGUGGUCAGGCUAAAGAUAUGACUAUUCACACCAAACAGAUUGUUCGUGUUUGGGAUUCACUCAAUGCAUUGUAUGCAAAACAUACUGGACAAUCUGUUGAUGUGAUUGAGAAGAAUAUGGAUCGAGACUACUUUAUGACACCACAAGAGGCAAAAGAGAAAAGGAAAAGUUUCAGAGUAGAAUCUGAAGGUAUCUGGGAAUUUAUGUGCAUCUUCCCUACUUCUGUAGCAAAAUUGACUCAUACACCCUGUUUUGAUUCAAUUUCAAGUAGAAAAGCCAAUUCUGCACCUUCAACUUUUGUCACUUUGGUCAUUUUGAACAGACUCACAUAGUUUCUUGGCAUUCUCAGUAAGUUUUAAUGUUCAGAUAAGCCCAUUUUAUUGGAAACUUUGUAUUCAUGAAGGAAGAUCUUUUGAUAUUAUCUCAAUUUGCUUAUAGUUGAAACUUAUGAUAAUAACAUCACUAGAUGACUUUGCUUCUGCAUUUUUAGCUAUGAAUUUGGUAAAAAAAAAAAAAAACUUUAUAUUUUUUCUCUCACAUAUUAUUUGUUUAAUUUCUUAAGCAUCUGUCGCACUAUCGAUAUCAAGAAUUGUCCUUUGCAAUCUAUCACUUGUAUUAGGCUGUGUAAUAAUUUCCCCAUACAAAGAUGAAUCCCAUACUGCAUUUAAUAUUUGUGUUAAAUAGCUUUUAAGGUAGAAAUAAAUGCAAGGAAAAAUAUUGGUCC